AUGGAGAUUACAACACUCUCAGGUGCCACUGUCACCCAGCUUCAUGAGGAGGAAUUGGCCUGCAUGGUGGAGAGUGGAAGUUCAGUUAGGGAUCUGAACAGACGCCUGACAGAUCGAGUUGGAUUCUCAAGAUUUCGACAGAGGCUGCUGAAUGCAGAGGUGGGCGAGCUACAGGAUGAUGUGCCUGUCAGACAACUACCACCAAGCUUGCAAUUGGUAAUUUUGAACUUCUGUGCACCGAAGGAGGCCGUUUGGGAGGCACUGCUCCGUGCGUGUGAGGACAAUCGAGUUGCUGCAGUUAGACGUUUGCUUCAGAAACCCCUAGAUCCCAAUGGUCGAGGUGCAGAAACUGACCCCACACCGCCACCUAUGUUUGUUGCAGCAGAACGGGGCCAUUUGGAAGUGGUGCGGUUGUUGCUCGAGGCUGGAGCCAACCAGAACGCGGCGCGAGCAAAUGGGACGACUGCCUUGAAGGAUGCAGCUCGGAAUGGCCACUUGGAAGUGGUGCGGUUGUUGCUCGAGGCUGGAGCUGAUAAGAAUGCAGCACAGGUAAAUGGGACGACUGCCUUGAUGGCUGCAGCUGAGCAUGGCCACUUGGAAGUGGUGCGAUUGUUGCGCUGA